AUGGCUGUUCCUUCGGAUGAGGUUACCAGCAUCUGCAGUCACUGUGAUAGAGCUAUACCAUCUUUAAACAUUGAUUUGCACUUUGCUCACUGCUCCCGGAAUUUGGAGAAAUGUAAAGUCUGUGGUGACAUGGUCCCUAGAAGAUCUGCUGAAGAGCAUUUCUUAACCACUCAUGCUCCGGUAUCUUGUUCUCUUUGCAGUGAGACAAUGGAACGUGAAGUUUUGGCCAUUCACAAAGGUGAAAAUUGUCCUCAGCGGAUGGUUACAUGCGAGUUCUGUGAAUUCCCUCUGCCAGCUAUUGAUCUAUUGGAGCAUCAGGAAGUCUGUGGAAACCGGACGGAGUUAUGUUAUCUGUGCAACCGAUAUGUUAGACUCCGUGAAAGGAUUCUCCAUGAGAGCAAAUGCACUGGUGUUCCUGAAAAUAUUGCAGAAUCUUCUAGGUCGACAAGGCCAGCUGAGAGAAGAGACCGCAGUCCUCAGAGGAGGCAGCCAAAUGAGUUCUCACGGAAGCGCCUGUUGUUUACUAUUGCCAUCACUGGCAUUGCUGUACUUUUAGGUUCACUUCUUUUCCAGAGGAAAUCAGACAACAGUCAGAUGCACUAG